AUGCACUAUACUCUUGGGAGACCAAUCUGUCAUGGAAUACCCACAAUAACACAACCCCACCAACCGCACACACCAACCUCCCCGCCCACCAACCCUCCUACCCCCCCCACCCCCACCGCCAAACACGAGGCGCACCAGCCGUCCCGACCCUCCCCCCCCCGCGACCGCACCGUGGAACCGCACCCACCCGUCGAACACCUACAAACCGCACCGCGCCCAACACCCCCACCAUACACACACCCACCCACCCCAACCAACCACCGACCAACCCCCACCGACCCGCCACCGGUAACACCGAUAACAACCGCCGCCACCGCCCCCCACACCACCGACCGACCCCCCACCAACCGCACCACCUCCGCCACCACCACACCUCCCCCGAACACCCACCGUAACACCCACUGA